ACCUCGACACAAAAAGUAAAGUGAAUUGGGCUUCAUAGACAUGGCCUAAUUACUAGCAUUCUGUUAUUGUCCAAAAAGAAAGUUAGCAUUUUGUUUGAGGAGCCUCUCGCGCGCAGCCAUUUGCGGCAGCAAACGAGCUCUUGUUGCAGGUGGAAUCAAGGUAUUUGAUAGAUAUUCAAGUAGGUAUCUUUUGUUGUGUUUCUGGGUGAUAAUGGGUGUGAAUGAAAUUAAUGAUAGUGCUUCAAGCUCAAAAAAAGAAGCAGAGCCGGAGAUACCUCAGAUUCAACCUUUUAGAAUGCCUAGUAUGGAAGAGAUACGUGCCCAAGAAGUUUGGGACAAUUGUGCUGUUCGCAGUGUUGCAAGUGGAGUCUUAGGAGGUGGGCUUGGGUUGUUCAUGGGUCUGUUACUAGGUUCAUUGGAUAAUCCAUUAAUGCAAGAUCAGAUGACUGGAAGGGAGCAGUUUAUUUAUACUGCAAAGCAAAUGGGGCGAAGAAGUUGGAGUUCUUGUAAAACGUUUGCAGUUAUGGGAUUGGUUUUCUCAGCUGCUGAGUGCAUCGUUGAAAAGGCCCGGGCAAAACAUGACAUUACAAAUACUGUUGUUGCUGGGUGUGUAACUGGAGGUUCAAUGUCUGCAAAAGUGACUCAGCCGGGCAGGUGGAAGUCAAGUGAGGAAGAGUCUCACUUUUCUGCUCAGUUGUUCAGCAUAUUGGAUCUUACCGUGCAUGUGGUCCAAAAGCAGCAUGUGCUGGUUGUGCUGGAUUUGCUGCAUUCUCAGUGGUGAUAGAGAAGUUCCUAGAAAGACAUACUUGAUACAUACCCUGCUCUGGUUUUUCAGAUGCUAAUACUUUUGGGUUCGGAAAAGACAAUUAGCUUGCCAAUGAAACUUGCAUUUUUUAUCCCCAUGCUAUAAUAUUUAAUCCAAAUUUGUCUUCAGUUAAAAAGGGUAAUUCCAUCAAGAUAUGAAUACUCGAUAAUACUUGGAUUUAGGGCAUUUCAUCGGUGUUCUUCAUAUUGAUGAUAUCAAAGAUAUCCGGAGACAUGAAUUUUACCGGAGAAACAUCAAGUAGGGAUGCUUCUCUAACAUUAUACUUAUAAAUCUUGUUGACAGGUUGUUCAGGAGCCUGUAUCUGGCAGUUAUAACACAUUUGUAAGGCAUGAACCAUUUUGGAGGUGCUGAAUACUCUAGGCUAAGGAAGCUGGAGCUUUCCUUCAAGUUUUAAAAACAGCUGUCAUCCUGCUAUUCAUACAUAUAUUCUUAAACAGAUUUCAGAUUCACCUGAUGCUGGGGAGUUUGAUUUCAUCACUGUAUCUUCUGGUUUUGGCUUUUGGAAAGAGCUGCUGCCCAGAGAUUGAUCAUAGUGGCAUAUGAUAAUUGAUGUUUUAUUUUUUAUUUUUUAUUUUUGCUUUAUUUUCCCCUCGUUCUUGUAGUUCUUCCUGAAAAUUUUGUCCUAUCUUCCACUUGCUCUUGGUGGGUUGCAUGAUGGUUCAUUUGAUUUUGUUUUCACUUGCUAAUUAGUAGGUCAAGUCGACCAUAAUUUUAAGUCUUUAAUGUUUUGCAAUAAUUUCUGGUUGUUCAAAUUAUUGUAACACGAUCAUAUGCUAGUUAUUAUUAUUUUUAUUAGUGA